AUGGUGAAAAGAAAGAUCGGGGCCUUGGAAAAGGUCGAAGCAGACCUGCCCAAUCUACAACACAAAAUAAGGAGAGACCCCAAAUCCUACAUUGAAGAUUUCCGCGCCCAACACUACCAAUAUGAAUCCCACCGAGAAAUUUUCAUGGCGGCGCCCUCCGCGGCCACUGAUACUGGCGUGAUUUCGCUUCGCGACCUCAUUGACUUCAUCUCUCACGUUGCCGACUGCUAUCCGGAAAUCUUGCAGGAUUUUCCGCAGCAGUUGAUUGACAUGCUGAUGCAACAUCAUCUGGUGUUGGAGCCCGAGCUGCGCGAAAAGAUCGUGGGUAGUCUGAUGCUUCUAAGGAAGAAAGAUCUCAUGGAUUCGGCAAGACUACUUCACACCCUGUUCCCUAUUCUCAUCUCGACACCAAGCAAGACUCUACGGGCGCUGCUGUUCCAGAAAAUCCUUUCCGAACUCCGCACCGCCAACUCGAAGACCGUCAACCACAAGCUCAACCGGACUAUGCAGACUGUGCUGUUCAACCUGGUCACAUCGGACCGUACAUCCUCCAAGGGUGUUUGGGCAAUCAAGUUGACUCGCGAGCUGUGGAAGCGUCAAAUCUGGACAGACGCCAAAGCCGUCGAGAUUAUGAAGGAGGCGAGCUUAUCCGAGCACGAGAAGGUCAUUGUCGGUGGCGUCCGUUUCUUCCUCGGUGGCGACAAAGAGCGAGAAGAAAUGGAAGACGAGAGCAGCGAUGAUGAUGCCAUCGACGUUGGUCGUGUCAGGCACCAACUUGGAAUUAACAAGAAGACAAAGAAGAAGGCCCGCGCUGCCCAGAAGGCGAUUGCAACCGUCAAGAAGAAGGAGCGUAAGAAGAACCAGCCGCACCCGCUCAAUUUCUCUGCCCUCCAUCUGCUUCAUGAUCCCCAGGGUUUCGCGGAAUCUCUGUUCUCUAAGCACCUUCAAAAUACCAAGGCCAAACUGAACCUGGAGCAGAAGCUUCUUGUGCUGCAAUUGGUCAGCCGUCUGGUUGGCCUUCAUCAACUUCACAUCAUGCCUCUUUAUUCCUAUUUUCAAAAAUACCUGACACCCCGUCAACCUUCUGUCACUUCAUUUCUGGCAUCACUGGCGCAGGCUUCGCAUGAGCUUGUGCCCCCGGAUGUUCUCGAACCUUUGAUCCAAAAGAUUGCAAACGAAUUUGUCUCUGAAGCAUCGGCCGCGGAGGUUGCUACCGCUGGUAUGAAUGCUAUCCGAGAGGUUUGUGCUCGCCAACCGCUGGCGAUGAAUGAGGCGUUACUGCAGGAUCUUGUCAUGUACAAGAAGAGCAAGGACAAGGGUGUCAUGAUGGCUGCCAAGGGACUGCUCAGCCUGUACCGAGACGUCGGAGCGCAGAUGCUCAAGCGACGUGACCGUGGCAAGGACGCUUCCAUGGGCCUUCGGUCCGGUGAGAAAGAAGAAAAACGCUUUGGUCAGCAGGCACUGGGAGGGAUCGAGGGUCUUGAACUUUUGGAGAAAUGGAAAGAGGAGGAGCGACGCAAGAAGAACCUGGAGAAGGGUCUCCCAUCUGAUGCCGAAGAUGAUGACGAGGAAAACGAAGAAGACAAUUGGGCUGCUUGGAAUGUCGAGGAUGACGAAGACAGCGACGACUCGGGUGACUGGAUCAACGUGCAGAGUGACGUUGAAAUUGACCUCAGCGAUUCCGACGACGACAACGACAAAGCUCGUCCCGCCAAAAAGGCCAAGCAAGAUGGUGAUGAGAGCGAGAAGAAGGCAGAUGCCGAACAAGAGCAGCAGAAGCUCAGCACUCUCGCAACCACCCGGAUUCUCACACCGGCUGAUCUAGCCAAACUAGCCGAGCUCCGGGCCCAAGCAUCCGUCGACUCCCUCAUGCCAGGCGCCAAGUCCCGUCGCCCCGGGCAGACCACGACCCGGCAUGCCGACGACCCACUGACUGCCGAAGAAAUCGAGGGUCUGGCCGCUCUCUCCGCCGCCAAGGCCACUCGCGAGGAGCGCAUCGCUCACGCCAGGGAAGGCAAGACGGAGCAUAAGAGCAAGGAGGCUAGGCGCAAGGAGCGCAAGCAGGAGCAGGGCAAGAGUACGACCAACAGGGAGAAGGCACGGAAGAAGAACUUCCUUAUGACGCUUGGCAAGGCGAAGAGUAAGAAUAAGCGCAGUCUUAUUGAGACGCGUGCGGUCUUGAAGGCGCACCAUGAUCGACAGAAGCGUGGAGGGAAGAGAGGUAACGCGGGUAUGUAA